GGGGAUCAUCUCAGGGCCUUCGUCUCAGAUCAGAACUGGGACCUAUACCUGGACACCAUGUCACGUGACGGGACGUGGGGAGACCACAUCGUCCUACAGGCCAUGGCGGACAUGUUUGGUCAUGACGUCAGCAUCGUGUCGAGUGUAGAGGCGGAGAACUACGUCACCAUCCUGACGCCAAGUCCCGGGACUGCCGCUAGGAAGGAACCUCCACUUCUGCUGGGGCAUUAUGCAGAGAACCACUAUGCAAGUCUUGAUAGGCGCAGAAAAAGGAAAAGGUCGGCUGCCAGCGUCAGUUCAUCCGACCAAGAAGAACCAGCAACGCGACGAAAACAACCGCCUAGGUCGGCAAAGCAAGGCAAAGGAGCAGGACGGGCAAACGCUACGCCUGCGAAGUCGAGACCAAUCGCAAUGGUACAACCCCAACUCCGGCCAGCAGACGACUCACCAUUGCCAUGGCAGCCUCGAGGUCAAUAUAACGGCCCAUCAGAAAUAAGUUUAUCAGAAACUUCAGAUGAUGAUUUUGAGUCGGUAUAGACCGAUUCUGGCUGUUCAUUGAAGUAACUCGGUGUACAGUGUCCUGGAGGCCGGCCAUGGAAUCGUUCUACUGGGAUCGAACUAAAAUAUUCUGGGCAGCUAAUUAUUUUUAAUCUAUUAUUAAUCUGUAAUAAUAUGAGCUCAAGAGUAGCAUUUAUGCAAAACCGGUUUAUGCAAUCAAAAGCUGUAUAUGUUGAUUUACUUUGUUCUAAAUUUGAGAUGUACAUUUUACUACUCUGAAAAGUUAUUUUUCGAAGAAAGUACAAGCUAA